AUGUCACUCAGUGACCUGGGCAAGAAUGACGUCUCUGCAGAGAUGCAAGCUAUUAAGGACAAGCUCGCAAGUCAAGAUACCGAGAAUGCGGGGUUACGGGCGCUCCUCAUGAGACGCGAAGCUGAACUAAACGAGAUUAAGGCAUCCUUAAAUGAAACCCUCCACAAACUUAGCAAGGAGGCUGACCGGGCCCUGCGGCUUGAGGGAGCCCUUGCGGACCGCGACACGGAGCUCAGGACAGAACGCGUAUCGAGGGAGAAUGUAGAGCAUUCACUGAUAGCGACACAAGAGAAGUUCAAAGCUCAGGAACGCACCACCAAAGAGCUGGAGGCCACGAUGGACACGCUCUCUCAACAUUCACAAUCCACCAAUGCAGAGCGCCGGGCUCUCGAGAACGAAAAGCUUGCGCUGCAGAACCGUGUGCGCGAGCUGCAAAUAAUUUUUCAACAACAUGAAGCGCAGGCAGCUUCGUCCCGUCUUCCCAAAAGGGGCGGAAGGCGACGUUCUUCCUCCCUUACCAACCACCGAUCCCCAAAUUUGGAUCAGGAACUCAACGAUUGCAAGGAGGACCUUGUCAAAGCAGAGAACAUGCGUAUUUCCGCUGAGAAGGCAAGUCAGAAGAAGGUGUCAGAGUUAUUGGCUACUCUAGAAGCGAAAGAGGAGGAGUUCGAGGCUUUGAAAGGAGGUGGGACGGACGGCGAUGCAAGGGAACGGGAAGCUGCAUUGCUUCAAAGAAUCGACGAGGACGAAGCCAAGAUUGCCGCACUGGAAAGCAUGCUGAAAGGGAAUCAGGCGAAUGGCGUCAAUCAAGCCGCAUACAACAAAUUACAAAGUCGUCUCAAAGCAGAAAGCGAGAGAUUGCAUCGUUGCGAAGACUCCCGAGCUCAGUUGCUUGCUGAAAGGAGGGAGUUACACGAGGAGCGGGGCACUAUCCGGCAGGAGCUUUCAAGAAGUAAUGAACUCCUGCAGGAGACGCAACGCCUCCUCCGAGACUCUCAGUGCAAACAAAUCUUUUCUCGUGAUUUUCGCUUAUUGGGGAUCAGACAACUCCAGGCGCAAGUGGAGACAUCUGAGAACUGGAAAGAGCGAGAGAGUGAACAGAAAAUCCAUAAUGCCAUGGAUAUUGAUGAUGCACCUGGGAGCGAUGUGGGAAGGCGCUCGACUCAUGUUAGUGAGUCGGCAGUGGCAAGUCAUAUCGAGACCCUGUUGCACGCUAUUGAUCGACUACGUAACGAACGGGACGAAGUGAAGCGAGCACUCGAGUUCUCCGAGGUCGAGUAUCGAAUCACUGUACAGGGUUACCAAAAUCAGAUUGCGUCAUUAUCGAAGGAGGUGUCUGAGCGUCCGGCUCAAGUCUUAACAGCCCCUUCAGUUUCUAACCACGGGAAUACGGAGGUUCAAAUUAGGCAACUAAUUAAAUGCGCAACUGCCUUUUCCAUUGUCAUCACCAACCUGCAAAACGCUCUCGAAUCCUCGGAACAGCGAAUCUGGUCCCUACGUUCUGAUAAGGAUGUGCUUAAUUCCCGCCUUGUCGACCUUAACCAACUUGUCCAGCAGCGGGGCCAUGUUCUGGAAGGGGCAGAACAGGAGCAGAGGGUCCUGCUCUCUAAACUGGAUGCGUUGAGCGCAGAGGUUUCCACCUCUGAGCACCAACGCACCCAGGCAUUGUCGCUUGUGGCAGAACUUGAACGGAAGGUGCAGUCUCUGGAGGAAAGCAACGCUGAAACUGAGACGGCUUACAAGCACGCACACGAGGGUUUUGCCGAGGCAAAGGAGCGUCUUUCAGAAUUAAGCAAAACGUAUGAAGUGGUCGAAUCGGAGCGGAAUUCGCUAUCUCUCCAAGUAGCAAACCUGCAAGACGAUCUUGCUCGUGCGCAAGAUGAACUCGCCGCCUCUCAGGAUCGUUACAAUGCCCUGCGAACCCAGCAGCUUAACGACAUGUCCACUUCGGAGAUGACUCGUGCCCUCAAGGAUCAUAUACAGGAACUGGAGUUGCGUGUCCUCCGUCGUACAGAGCAGAUUGGUAUUCAUCAACAUGACAUCCAUCGCUUGGAAACCAAUAUGAAACUCCAAGAAGAGCGCAUCGCGGAAAUGACAUCAGAGCUGGAAGUCCUAGGGGCCCAGAAGGAGGCAAUGGUGGAGGAUUGCGCAGAAGCCCGCGAAUCUCGCGACCGAGCGAUCCAGAAACUGGAAGCAGCGGAAGAAGACAUCGAGAGACUGGAAGAGUUGCUUGACCAGAUGAAACGGGAUAGCGAAGCGCAGCUGGCCACGAUGUCUUCGGAGGUGGGAAGGUUAACUUCAGAGCGUUGCGAACUGGUUUCUGGUGCUGAAAGCACAGAAGGUCGCAUCGCUGCGCUGGAGUUAGCCAACGCAGAAUUCCAAGUGGAAAUACAGUCGCUAAAGACCGAACGGACGGUGAUAGAUGGUAAUUUGAAUACUGCCACGAAUCAAUUUGAAGAAUUGAAAGCGGAGACGCACGCAAAAGACCUCGAGAUUCAACAAGCGUUCGUCGCGCUCGCUACCCUACAUCGUUCUUGGCGAACCUCUGCUCAACAGCUACAAACCGCUUCUGGUAGUGCAAGUUCCUUGCAGAGUCAAAUCGAUACACUCUCCCAGGAGCUUCUGUCAAGACGCCGGCAUGCUGAUGAUGUUCAAGAGGAGGUUCACGUUCUACGCAGUCAACUCACGGAUUUCGAGGCAGCAUCAGAGGCUGCUACGAAAAUCAACGAAGUUCGCGAAACGGAAAUCAAUAAACUGCGUUCCAAAGUUCUCCGGGAGGGAAGGAAGGAGAUCGACGACGCUUGUCGUCUAUUGCGAGUUGAACUCGAAGAUGCAAGGGCGAAGGCCCACUCGUCUCAACAAAAUCACACCAGCCUCUUAGAACGCCACGAAACCACCAUGAACGAGCUAAGUUUGGCCAAGCAAGAUCUCGAGGACAAACUUACCAGUACAGAGGAGCGGUUAAACGCUCUGCACGCUGAACACCAGCAAAGCGUUCUUGCGUUGGAGAAAAAGCACAGAACGGAGUCCGACUCACUCUCUGCCCAACUGGACGAUCGCUUACGCGAGCUGGAGGCACUGCGCAGGCAGCUCGAAGCCGAAACGGAUGCUCGCAAGCGCGCCGAGACGCUUUUCGAGCAGGAAAUUAAAGCUGUCAUCGCUCAAUCACGGCAACAGCUUGAUGAGCUGCGUUCGGAAGUGAUGGUACUCCAGGACGAGAGGAAUGCACUGCAAGAACAGAUUACGAACCUGGAAGCGGAAACACAACGGUUGCAUUCACUCACACGACACUUGGAAAGCAGGAACAGAGAGAGCGAGUCUACUUGCGUGACAUUACAGAAUGCUCUGCAAGAGUGCCAAAUGAAUCUUGCGCAAUCUGAAAAAGCAGGAAAGGCUGCCGAGCUCAGUCUUGUCUUGCAAGCUACUCAGCAUGAGAAAAUGGCCGCAGCAUUCCGACACCAGCUCACAUCUUUACAGUCUGGUCCCGACUUGCAUGCCGCCUUGGUCGAGUCAGAGGAGAAAAACCGCGAGAUGGACGACCUCCUCAGGGCUAAAUGUGCUGAAAUCGAGGGAUACGACGACCGAAUUCUUGAAACACUCAAGGCGAAUAAGAAGUUGACUUCAAAGGUGGAAACGUUAACUCGGAAGGUGCAAACUCUGCAAACAAAGCUUGCAUCGACAAAGAGCCAAAACCCGCAAAUUGCGUCCCCUCGAACUUCAUCGAUGAUGCCUACACCGCAACAAGCCGGCGAGACGUCUUCGCCUCCUCAACUUCAUGCGACUCCGAAAAUGACAAUGUCUCUCACACCCAGAAUGACAAGUACACACGACCAUCGUGCCACGUUCGCUCCAUCAGCUGUCCCAGAAACGGCUGGAAAUGUUGCAACCAUUGUGGCAGGCAUGAAACGACGUGCACCCGACGAUGACGAAAGGGACAGUGUUCCCCCGGAGGGCCAUUACGCCGCCGACAUCCUUAUGCGAGAUACCUCCACACCUCACUCGCGACGAACCUUACACACUAAGCAGACCGGGUUUACCCCUAGUCGUAGUACCCGACCGCGCGGUGGUCAUCCAUCUCCAGCACGUCAUGCAACCACUGCUGUAACACCAUCUCACACUAUAACCGAUGUCACUAACAGUCCGCGUACGUCUUCGCACAGCGAGUCCCAGGUAGGCAAGAAGAGGAGUUGGCUGGGGAAGGUUCGGAGCAAUUCCGCGUCUCAAAACAAUAGUGUUACAGUUCCUGCAAAACCAUGGACAUCGCAUUCCAGCGAAUUUACGAAGAACAAAUUAUCCUAG